AUGGCCGCAGAUCCCAACCCUAACAAGUUCCCCGUCCUCUCCUACGUCCUCGCUCGUCUCCCUUCCUUCACCAAAUCCUCCUCCCCUUCCUCCGUUCCCGCCUUCGAUGUCGAGCAGCCACCUUCAUCCAUCGAGAUCGUCACACAGAUGCCUCACCUGGCACACCCCUCCGUCCUCGCCUCCAUGACCAAAGCCAUCACCGACGUGGCUCAAACACGUUCCAUCCUCCGUACCCUAGGUCCCAGGCCCGAUCACGAGAACGUCGACAAGGCACGUGCCAAGCUCUCGGAGAUCGAAGGGAUCUUGUCCGAGUCCUUUAACGACAUCGCGAUCAACGAGACUGCGGGGAAAGGUGAGGAGGAUAAGAAGAGGAAGGGAGAGAUGGGGAAGGAUAAGACGUGGUGCGAGUCGAUUUUGAAGUUGGACGAGGUUCAUGAUUCGUAUGAGAAGCUCUUGAAGGAAGCGGAGGAGAGGCUUGUGAGGAUUUAUGAAUCUGUGGAGAAGGAUGGUGAGGUUGUGGUGGGGGAUGGGGAUGAGGAGAGUGUUGUGGCGGUGGAGGUUAAUGAGGAGGUUGUGAGGAUACUGAAGCAUGCGUUGGAUAAUACGGUGGAGCGUGUGGAUUUGUCUGGGAGGAAGCUGAGGUUGAUACCUGAGGAGUUUGGGAGGAUUCAAGGGUUGCUUGUUCUUGAUCUCUCCAAUAAUCAGCUCCAGGCUAUUCCUGAUUCAAUAGCAGGACUGCAUGAUCUUACUGAACUAAACGUCUCCGGUAACCUUCUAGAGACAUUACCAGACUCUAUCGGUCUACUCUCCAAACUGAAAAUCCUGAAUGUCUCAACCAACAAACUCACCACCUUGCCUGAUUCCUUCUGCCGUUGUUGGUCGUUGAUUAUCUUGGACGUGAGUUUCAACCGUCUCACAUACUUACCAACCAACAUAGGAUUCGAGCUAGUAACUCUCGAAAAGCUCAUGAUCCAAUACAACAAGAUCCGAUCCUUCCCUAGCAGCAUAGGAGAAAUGAGAUCCCUAACAUACCUCGACGCACACUUCAACGAACUCCACACCCUUCCUGAUUCCUUCUGUCUCCUCACAAACCUCGAGUACUUAAACCUAAGCAGUAACUUCAGUGAUCUCAGUGAGCUCCCUAAUUCAUUCGGAGACCUCAUAGCUCUCCAAGAACUCGACUUAAGCAACAACCAACUCCACGCACUCCCGGACACUUUCGGGUCACUAGAAAGCCUGGUGAAACUGAACGUGGGGCAGAACCCGCUCGUGGUUCCACCGGAGGAAGUGGUGAAGGAAGGUGUGGAGGCGGUGAAGAUGUAUAUGGGUAAGAGGAGGAUUAGUAUGUUGGAAGAAGAGGAGAGGAGGAAGAUAGAGGAGGAGAUUGAGGAGGCAAAUGCUGGGUGGCUCACGAGAACAACGUCGAAGCUGAAGACUUAUGUGACAGAUGUUUCGGAGUAUUUGGGAUCGGGUUCUCCUCGAGAUGCUUACCUUGAGCAGAAGCUGUGAAUGUGUGAGUUUUUUGACUUGAAUAAACUCUUUGGUUCCAAAGAGAUGGGUGCUUUUCUUUGGUUUUGUCCCCUCUAAUGAAGGACUCUUUACUUGUGGUCCGUUUUGAUUCUUUUCUGAUGUGUUAUGCCUGUCAUUUAACUUUAGGCUCUUACUUUAAGAUUAAACCUUCUCGGAUUUUGUCUUUUUUUUGGUUGGUUAAUAA